AUGGCCAAGGGUGGCAAGAAGGGCUGGGGCGGCGCCUACGACCCCUACGGGAUGUGGGGCGCGAAGGGCGGCUGCAAGGGCGCCUACGACCCCUACGGGAUGUGGGGGUCCAAGGGAGCGAAAACAGGCUGCAAGGGCGGCGGCAAGGGCGGCGGCGGCAAGGGUCCCGGGAAGGCCGAGUUGCUGGGCUACCCCGCCGACAAGAAGGUAUGGGUCGGGGACCUCCCCGCCGGCUGCACGGCAGAUGACCUGAUGGCCCACUUCGGCCUGGCGGGCAGCGUGCAGCACGUGGCGCUGAUGAGGACGGGCACCGCCGGCGUGGUGUUUUCGGACGCCGCCGAGGCCGAGGCGGCCGUGGUGCACCUCAACGGCACGGAGAUCAACGACCAGGCGGUGAAGGUGGAGGCCUGGCAGCAAGCCGCUUGA